AUGGUCGACGAGAACGACCCUACUCAUCAGAAUCCUACAAAGGACGUCGAGUACGAUGCUCAUCGUAAUCCUACAAAGGACGUUGAGGAGAACGUGAUGGUCGACGAGAACGACCCUACUCAUCAGAAUCCUACAAAGGACGUCGAGUACGAUGCUCAUCAUAAUCCUACAAAGGACGUUGAGGAGAACGUGAUGGUCGACGAGAACGACCCUACUCAUCAGAAUCCUACAAAGGACGUCGAAUACGAUGCUCAUCAGAAUCCUACAAAGGACAUCGAGUACGAUGCUCAUCGUAAUCCUACAAAGGACGUCGAGUACGAUGCUCAUCGUAAUCCUACAAAGGACGUCGUUACUGCACAUCAGCAGGUUACUGCCCAGGAGGAGGACGAUGCUCAUCAGAAUCCUACAAAGGACGUCGUUACUGCACAUCAGCAGAGUCCUACCAAGGACGUCGAGGAGAACAUGGAAUCAGACUACUACGAUCCUACUCAUCGCAGGAACGUGAAAUCCAAAGGCUAUGACCCUACUUAA